CGGUGGCAAGAGUGGCACUCUGCUAGAGUGAGAGAGCUCCGUGCAGGCACCUUUCUUGUGUGCGAGACAGAGAGAAAGGACAAGAAAAGGUGUGAGUGGGGGUAAAUUUGGAGGAAGGGUUCGAAUCUCGCCAUAUUGGUGGUAACUGUGUGAGCGGACGGACGUGAGAAAAGCGUAAAAUUUGUGAUUUUAAAAACGAGUGUGGAUUAUGCCGCUUGCUGGGUCUGGCCAAGACCCCGUUGACCCAUGGAAGCGACUGGAUCCUGGGGCCUUGCAGGUCAAAGAAGAAAUCGAGCCCAUGGCGUAUCCAAGUCUAUAUCUGGCCUAAGGAUUGAUUCUUCUGCUAGCACUGAGGAAAUGGUGCUGGAUGAAAGCAUUGAGCACGUGAACCGCGGCGUCAAGGCUGACGUCCACGGCCUGGGACACGGCCUCGGACACAACCUCGGACACGGCCUCGGGCACGGCCUUGGACAUGACCUCGGGCACGACCUCGGCCAUGGCGACGCCGCCGUGGACGCGGUGGACGCGGUGGACGGGCACGCCAUCGACAUGCACUCCCGGCCGGGGUCCGAGACCCACGAGAUCGAGCUCGGCGAGGUGGUCAAGGAGGGCCACGACAAGGCCGACCCGUCGCAGUUCGAGCUGCUCAAGGUGCUCGGCCAGGGGUCGUUCGGCAAGGUGUUCCUGGUCCGGAAGGUGGUCGGGAAGGACGCAGGCACCCUCUACGCCAUGAAAGUAUUAAAGAAGGCAACUUUGAAAAUUCGAGAUCGAGUCAGAACAAAAAUGGAACGUAACAUACUUGUCGAUGUUAGACAUCCAUUUAUUGUCAGACUUCACUAUGCCUUCCAAACUGAAGGAAAGCUUUAUUUAAUAUUGGACUUCUUAAGAGGUGGAGACUUGUUCACAAGAUUGUCAAAAGAAGUCAUGUUUACUGAAGAAGAUGUCAAGUUUUAUCUGGCUGAGCUAGCGCUGGCGCUAGACCACAUUCACAGCCUUGGUAUCAUAUAUCGUGAUCUUAAACCAGAAAACAUUCUCUUAGAUUCCGAGGGACAUAUUUCUUUAACAGAUUUUGGGCUCAGCAAGCAACCGUUAGACGAUCAGAAAGCAUACUCCUUCUGUGGAACUGUUGAGUAUAUGGCCCCAGAGGUUGUAAAUCGGAAAGGACAUUCCUUUGCUGCUGAUUGGUGGUCAUUUGGUGUGGUCAUGUUUGAAAUGCUGACUGGAGCACUACCUUUCCAAGGCCCCAACAGAAAAGAAACUAUGAAUCUAAUCUUAAAAGCAAAACUAGGAAUGCCUCAAUUUUUAUCAGAUGAGGCACAGUCAUUAUUACGGGUACUGUUCAAAAGAAAUCCAGCCAACAGACUGGGUGCAGGACCUGAUGGAAUUUGUGAAAUGAAGUCACAUUCCUUUUUUGCCACUAUUGAUUGGGACAAACUUGCUAGAAAAGAAAUACUACCCCCUUUCAAACCUGCAGUUUGUAGAGCAGAAGAUGCACGAUACUUUGACAGUGAAUUCACUUCCAAAACACCUAAAGAUUCUCCUGGUCUCCCUCCCAGUGCAACAGCUCAUGAACUGUUCCGUGGGUUCAGUUUUGUAGCCCCAUGUCUACUAGAUGAGCAGGGAAUUCCAACAGACAGACCAAUGGAAUCAAUAUCAAAACAAUUAAUGUAUGUAAAAAGAAGUUCAGUCACAGACGAAUAUGAACUUCGAGAAGAAAUUGGCAGAGGUAGUUUUUCUAUUUGUCGUCUCUGUGUUCAUAGAACAUCUCGACUAGAAUAUGCAGUUAAGGUAAUAGAUAAGUCAAAAAGAGAUUGCCAAGAAGAAGUAGAAAUUUUAUUGAGAUAUGGUCAACACCCUAAUAUUAUAACUUUAAGAGAUGUCUAUGAAGAUGAACGUUCAGUCUACUUAGUGAUGGAACUCAUGCGUGGAGGUGAACUUGUGGAACGCAUAGUCGGACUUAAAAUAUUCUCCGAGCGAGAGGCGGCUGCAGUGUUGAAUACCCUUGUCGGUGCCAUCCAGUACCUGCAUCAGAAUGGGGUGGUGCAUCGGGACUUGAAGCCCUCCAACAUUCUGUACGAGUCGGAGAGCAUGCAGCCCGAGUCGCUGCGCAUCAUCGACUUCGGCUUCGCCAAGCAGCUGCGCGCCGAGAACGGGCUGCUCAUGACGCCGUGCUACACGGCCAACUUCGUGGCGCCCGAGGUGCUCAAGCGGCAGGGCUACGACGAGGCCUGCGACAUCUGGUCCCUGGGGGUCAUCCUCUUCAUCCUGCUGGCCGGACACGCGCCGUUCGCGAGCGCCCCCAGCGACCCCCCGAGCGCCAUACUCCGCAGGGUGAGCGAGGACCUGGACAUGGACCACGGCAACUGGCUCGCCGUAUCGGACUCGGCCAAGGACCUGGUCCGCUCGAUGCUCCACGUGGACCCCAACCGGAGGCCGACGGCGGAGCAGGUGCUGAACCACCCCUGGCUGCAGCAGCGCAACCUGCUGCCGCACGCGCGCCUCAACAUGCAGGAGGCCUCGGACAUCAAGGGCUCCGUGGCCGCCACGUACAAGGCCAUCAGCCAGUCGCCGCGCGCCCCCAACCUGGGCCCCGUCGUCAUGUCGGACCUGGCGCGCCGCCGCCGGAAGUCGCGCCCCAAGUCGUCCACCGAUGUCUGAGCUGAGGGGCCGGACCGUCCGGCCGGAGCGUCGACGGCGGCCUCUGGUCCUGGCCCGCGUCCCCGCCAUGGAGGUGCCUCGCACCGUGGUCGGGGAGGUCCGCGUGAUUUCGGCCGCGGGCGGUGGCACCUUACCCCUUCCACCCCUCUGCCCCGGUUUCGAGCGACCGCGGCCACAACAUGAAUGUAACAAACUAGAACUCGAACUCGAGCACACAAGUGUCGUUCUUUCGUUUAUAAAAAAAAGUUAUGAAUAAUGAAUGUGAUAUUGGUGUGUGUGUGUGGGUGUGAGCCGGAAUGCAUGGUUCCCUUUGGUUAUUCUUUACCAUGUUGUUGCACUUAUUACUUCUUCACCCAUCUCGCUUUUUUCCGUUGUCUUGAUGUUGUUCUCUGCCUGUUGUUUGCCACUCCGCUUUCGGAGAUGUCGUGUUGUUGAAGAUUGAUUGUUUUGUGAUGGCGUUGGGUUCCUCAUGUCAAUUUGUGAGUUUGGCAACUAGUUUUGGAUAUCCUAUUUUUUGUACAUUCGUAUUUCUACGAGGCUUUGCGUGUUCUUCCUCUUAAGCGCGCACCUAUCGACUCUAGCCUGCCAACAGUGUGCCCAAUGCAGCACUGUUUCUGCUUCUCCGAGAGAGGAACUGUGCUCUUGGCGUGCAACACUACCUGUGGCUUUUCCUCUUGUUCUUUAAGAAUCAAGUAUUUCUGGCGUAUUUUUAUCAUCUAGCUUUGUGUAUUCGCGGUCUGUUAAUUCUUGUAACAUUCCCUGACAUUCCUUUACCAUGUUAAUUUGUAGCACACUUUUAUCAUGUCUCAAUAAACUUGAAGCAUUUUUGUACCUGAGGACAAAGUAUAUGGAAAGCAGAAAACAGCUGCUGUUUAAGUUUUCUGUUUUAUGGUAUUUUCUGUGAUUAUUUAUUGGUUAGCCCCAUGGAGUUAAUUCUGUAAAGCCCUGUGCAUUAGGCUGUAAGUUCCUGGAUUGUAAUUUCAUCUAUGAGAAAUAUUUAUUCCUGUUAGUAGUGAGGUGUUUUCAAGUAAGUCAUUAUCAUUUACUUCUUUGUUAAUAAUAAUGUGAUAAUAUGUCUGCAUAUGUGUAAAGAGACUUGUCUUUUUAGAAGACUCAUCUCUGCGCUGAGUGUUAAGGAAACAAUUCUUCCAUAGCCGUGUAGUAAUUUGACUGUUAGAUCAACAUAUUUGGACUAGUGUUUUCCGCUUUACUUGUAUUGUGCUGGAGCAAAGUUCUGCAAUUUAAUAUAGUUUCUUUUCCAUCUUGAAUCCAUUGUUGAAUUUCUGCACCUCUACUACUGUGCAGCAUCUUUUCCCCAGUCUUUUAAAAGUCUUUCUCGUGUGUGGCAUUAAGUCUAUAUCUUUCUGUUAAGAGUGCAAAGGAGCAUAUAUUAAAUAUGUGCAUGUAAUGUAGCUGUUGUAUUUUUCCCCCUUUUUUACUUAUUGUGUCCGUUAUCAGUCAAUUUGUUAUGAUUUUAAUAAAAUAUAACAUAAUUAUUCCCGUA